AUGAGCGAUCGACGCGCGAGAUCGUCGAAGGCGGCGAAGGCGUUGGAGCUCACGGCGAGAUUGCGUGAACAGAGAGAGGGCGAUAAGAAGCGAAGUCGGAUCGAUGAGGCGGCGGACGAGGCGGACGCGAUUGAAAACGUGUACGAUGAGCUCGAUGAAGACGCGUACAGGGCGCUCGUGGCGAAGCGGAGAGAGGCCGGGGUCGAUUUUGUGGUGAACGAUGCCGGAGAGGGGUACGACGAUCUCGGGGAGGAGGAAGAUUGGACGACAGCGAAUCCAAACUAUUCGGACGACGAAGAGGAUGCACCAAAGGCGAAGGGAGCGAAGGCGACGGAGAAGAAGGCGAAGGCGACGGCGGAUGAGAAGGCGGCGAAGGCAAACGCAAAGGCGAAGGGUAACGCCGGGAUGCUCCUCGGUGGGGUACAGAAGAAGAAGAAGCUGGAUGAGGUCGCUGCGGACGCGGAUGCGGACGCCAUCUUGGAGGAUAUUUUCGCGGAGGUGGACAUGUUCAAUGCAUCCACACCGGCGACCGUACUGGCGAGACGGGCUGCGCCAGUUGCUGCAACGGCACCGGUGGCACCUCGACGAUCACCGCGAAAGAUUGCGCAGGCGACCGCAGCCGCGGCGAACGUGAGAUCGCCGGUGAAGGCGGAUCCGUCUCCAGCGAAGAAGUCUGUACGGUUUGAAACUGAGGAAGACGAACCAGCUCCACAGGGCGACAUCGGGGGGUUCGAUGACGACGAUAACGACGUCGAUCUUGACGAAGCCAUGCCGGAGGUAGAUCCCAUAGACACCGAUGAGCCAAACUACAAGUCCGUCGAAAUUGCCAAGGCGGUUCAACCGCCCGCGCCGCAGUCCAUUUUGAAAACGCUCGACGAAGACGAACAUGAAGAGGACUUGGCCACGAUUACGCAAGACGCCGCACCGGUGACGUUCAACGGCGUCGAACUACCGAAAGAUGCGGAUGGGUCGAUUCCAUUCUUCUUCAUGGAUGCGCACGAAGAGCGCGAGAGUCCUGGGACGGUGUUCCUCUUCGGUCGCGUGCCGGUAUCGAGCGAGCCUGGAGCGGAGACAAUCAGCGCUUGCGCGGUGGUUCAAAACAUGGAACGCUGCAUGUACGUUAUCCCGACCGCGUCGACGUUUGAUGAUCCAGAUGACGAGCUCAUGGAAUUAGCAGACAAGAUGGACGAAGCGCGGCGCAAGUUCAAAACCUGCACUGACGCCGAUAAGUUGGAAGAGGCAAAAGUCGCCGCUCAAAAAGCAAAGGCUGAUCUCAUGAAGCGGCUUGUCCCGAAAUCUGGUGCUUUGCGAGCCGAGAUCAAGGAACUCUUGAAGAAACGCGGGAUUGAAAACUCGAAGAUCACUAUCGUGCGCAGACAUUACUGCUUCGAACGCAAGGACAUUCCACACGGAUCGCUCUUCGUGCUCAAGGUGAAGACGCCCGCGACGCAGUCAGCGUUCCCGAGCGACCUCAAGGGUACAAAUUUCAUCGCCAUGAUGGGUACUCAAGCGCCCAUGCUUGAACUAUUGACGCUCAAGUCCAAGUUAAAGGGUCCGAGCUGGAUUUCUUUGCACGGUGCGAGCAUCGUGCCGUCAGAAAAGCAAAAGUCAUGGUGCAAGCUCGAGAUGUCGAUACCACACGCGCACAAGGGCGUGCGACCGGCGUCUAAUGAGGCGGCGACUCGAUCUGCGCCGAAGCUCACCGUCGCCUCGCUGAACCUGCAGACGAUCGUUAACCAUCAGACGAAUGUGAAUGAGAUCGCCCUUGCGUCGGUGCAGUACAUUCGCGACGUGGAUUGCGAAGGUACGACAGCGCCGCAACAAAUCAGGCAGGGCGUCCGACACUUCAGUGUCGUGCGCAAACUCGAUGGAUUGGAGCUUCCGCAGGGAUGGCAAAACGCCGUGGCGAAUGAAAACAGCACCAACGUAGUCGCGAAGCGCACUGGCACGGUCGUUCUCUCCAGUCAAAACAACGAGCUCGGUCUUCUCAAUUUUCUCCUUGCCAAGUUGCAUCAGCUCGAUCCGGAUGUUAUCGUGGGCCACAACAUUGGGGGCUUCAAUCUGGACGUUUUGCUGAGACGUUUCCAGGCGAACAAGAUUGGUCACUGGAGUCGCAUCGGGCGCAUGAAGCGCACAAGAAUGCCGAAUAUUAACGGAUCCGGUGGUGCGUACGGCGGCGGCGCGUCCCUCGGUGCCAUGCAGUGCAUCACCGGACGUUUAUUGGCAGACACUUAUCUUAGCGCAAAAGAUUUGUUGGGUAAGGAGGUUUCGUACACGCUCUCGUCACUCUCUCAGACGCAGCUCAAUGUUCGUCGCGAGGAGAUAGCGGGUGCAGAGAUUCCGAACCACUACAUGCAAACGCAAUCGCUUAUGCACCUGAUCAAGUGCACCGAAAUCGACGCAAAGCUGAGUUUGCAUCUGAUGUUCAAGAUGGAGGUCAUCCCCUUGACGAAGCAGUUGUCGAACAUCGCCGGUAACCUGUGGAGUAAGACGCUCGGUCACACACGCGCGCAGCGAGUUGAGUACCUCUUGCUGCAUGAGUUCCACAAGCGCAAGCAUAUCCUGCCCGACCGUUUGAGCUCUAAGGAGCGUCGUCGCGUCGCGGCGGUGAAUGGUGACGAAGAAGACGACGGUGGUAAAAAGGGGCCAUCAUACGCUGGUGGUCUCGUGCUCGAACCAAAGAAAGGUUUGUAUGACGAUUUUGUCCUCGUAUUGGAUUACCAAUCGUUGUACCCGUCGAUCAUUCAAGAGUACAACAUUUGCUACACGACGGUGAAGCGACACUUCAACGACGGUGACGACCCCACGAUCCAACUUCCUCCGUCGGUAUCGAAUGACAAAGACUUCGCCGUUUUACCGGCGGUUAUCGCCAGCAUCGUACGAAGCCGCAAGGAUGUCAAGGGGCUUAUGGCGAAGGAAAGCGAUCCGGCGCGGAAGAAGCAGUACGAUCUGCGUCAGCUCGCGCUCAAGCUCACGGCAAACUCCAUGUACGGCUGCUUGGGUUUCAGUCAGUCUCGAUUCUAUGCUGAGGCCAUUGCCGCUCUUAUCACGUCGCAAGGCCGAACUAUCCUUCAGCACACGGUGGAUCUUGCGCGGCAAAAGUGCGAUCUCGACGUCAUUUACGGGGACACGGACUCCAUCAUGGUGAACACGGGGACAAAGAAUCUCGAUCAAGCGCGAGCCGCUGGUAACAAACUGAUUCGUUUCGUUAACCGCGAGUAUCGUAAGCUGGUUCUUGAGGAAGAUUACGCGUUCAGAUCUAUGUUACUCCUUAAGAAGAAGAAGUACGCCGCAAUGAAGGUCGUGAACGGACCGAACGGAACUAAGAUGACAGAGCUUGAAAUGAAGGGUCUCGACAUCGUUCGACGUGAUUGGGCACCUCUCGUCAAGGAAAUCGGUAAGCAGACGCUUGAAGAGCUUCUUGAGGUUGAUGGCGAGCUCGAAGAGCGCGUGACCGCCAUUCACGAUUUACUGCGAGAAAUUCGCGUGGAGAUGGUCGCGAACCGCGUUCCACUGGAUAAGUACAUUAUCACGAAGCAGCUCACCAAGGCCGUCGAAGAGUACCCGGAUGCCAAGCACCAGCCGCAUGUCAUGGUCGCGAAGCGUCGUCUCGAGGCAGGCAAGCAAGACGGCGUUCGAGCUGGCGAGACGGUGCCUUAUAUAAUAGCCAUGGAGAGCGAUGCGUCCCUUGAGGACAUCGCCUCUGGCAAAGCUGGCGCUACCGGGGGCAAGGGACUCGCUGAGCGGGCCUAUCACCCAGACGAAGUGAAGGAGCGCAAUUUGAAGAUUGAUUUGCACUACUAUCUGUCUCAGCAGGUUCAUCCAGUGAUAAGUCGUCUGUGCGCACCGAUCGAGGAGACGGAUGGGGCAAAGAUGGCGGAGUGCCUCGGAAUGGAUUCGAACAAGUUCAAGUCUCAGUCGCGCGAGGACGACCUCGACGACGGCUCAGGCGGCGGUGUGUUCGGGUUGGACGACCAAGAGCGCUUCCACGAUUGUGCGCCUCUCUUGUUGCGAACGAGCGAUGGCGUUGAGUUCCCAUUCCGAGGCGUGCGUGAGGUCGCCGACGGCAAGCUGCACGUCAACGAAGCUCUGGCGCCGCCGACGCCCGAUGCUGAUAAGGAGAACACUCCAGCGACGCAGGGCAAAUCAACCAAGAAAUUCGUCAGUGGCGCGUCUUUGACGAACCAAGUCAUUCUCGCCGCACGUGCGCGAAUCAAAGAGUUUUACGCCGCUCCACUGAGAUCGAACGACGACGUUGACAGGACGGAGACGCAUAACAUUGCGCUUCGCGUACAUCACACCAACGCGGCGCUCACGGGUACGCUCAGCGCGGAUCCCAUGUCCACGGGCACGAUGGAAAAGACGGUGCCGGAGGAAAAGCUGUACAAUCAGUUGCUGUUUUAUAAAAAGUUGCUGUCUAUCGAGGACGCGAAACGGGGCAUGACGGAUGACGAGCAGCGCAAAACAUUCCUCGCCGGGACAGAACUGGAGAAAUCUCUGACAGCGGCGAAUGAAGCCUUGGACAAGAUCAUGGAUAAGUCGAGUUACAAGUGGAUCGCCUUGAGCGAACUGUUCCGAGUCGGUAGCGUGUAG